UAACGUUUCCCAGUACGCUAUUAGAUUUCGACCGGUAAUGUUGUUGAUUCGCCGUGGCGCGCAUCGCGUAUCAUUUCCCAAACGUGCUUUGAAAUAUGUUGAGUAGUAGCAGGCCGUACUUGCGUAUCCAUGACAACGGUCUAUUGCUAGUGCGGUUCACAACAUUGGCCUUCUUCGUCGCCAGCGCGGUCCGGCCUACUGCGUUGGGCCAGACUUUCGUCAGACGAACAGCAAGCGUUUGCCGGACAAACUCCGACUGCCCAUCGAACGCAUACUGCGAACAUUACACUCCGCCGACCGGAUUCGGCGUUUGUUCCUGCCUUCAAGGUCACUUUAUGCUCACGCACAACAACACCCGAGAGUGUAUUCGAUUUGCAACUGCCAUAGGCGAUUUCUGCCAGUACGACGAUCAAUGCCAGUAUUUGCUGAGCACGGACGCGGAAUGUCGUGACAAUUCGUGUCAAUGCCGCGAGGGAACGCACUACGUCGAACGGGAGCGCCGAUGCUACAAGACCAGUUACCUUGGGCAGUACUGCCGGCUGACCAACAAUUGCAUCGGCGACGAUACCUACUGCCGCGAUGGCAUUUGCGUGUGCGCUCUGGGUAAGCACCCGAACGCCGGGCGGAAUCUGUGCCUGCCGGAUGUGUACCUAGGCGAGAAGUGCUUCCGAGACGAGGAGUGCAUUACGGAGAAUUCGCGCUGCAGCGAUGACGAGUGUCGCUGCCGAGUAAGCCAUAUCUUGAAUCAGGCGAGGAACCAAUGCCUUCCAAUCGCCGGCAAGCUGUACGAUCUGUGCGAGGAAGAUCUGCAGUGCCUCCAUCGGGUUCCCUACUCACGGUGCCACAUUAGUACGCAGCUGAAUGGCGAUCGUGUGGGCAAAUGUACUUGCGCCAACGGUUUCCACGAGAUCAGUUAUAAAUGUUAUCCCUCAGUCUACCUGAAUGGGAUUUGCGAGGAAGACCAAAACUGCGCUAUCAACCCGGACACAGUUUGCAUCGAUGGGCGGUGUCGCUGUGCAGACCACAUGAUCGAAGUUGAUGGACAGUGCUCUACAGCUUCCAGGAAUGUCGUCCUGUUCUCAAUCCAAAUAGUAGUUCUGCUAAGUAUUAUACAGCAUUUGUUGCGUUAACUAAUCAAAGAUCUUCCUAGUUUUAAUGGAAUAGAUAUAUUUAUUUGAGAUGAUUUGUUAUUUUUUUAUCGGUCGAUAUCGACAGUUGAAUAUAAUAAUUUAUAUACAAAAUUAUAAAUAUGAUUUCUCAAGUCGCUGUACACAUAAAUGAUUAAUGCAUGCUCGUAGUAUGCAAACAAAUUACGAAUUUGUUACGUCAAAAUGCAGUUGCUAUAUCCGUACAAGUAUGUGAUAACCAAAUAAAGUUUUAAUCAACACCAAUCAAACCAUAGACGUAGAUUAAAUUGUAAAUAGACGAAAAUUUCAAAUACAGUUUUACAAAAUAUA